AUGGUAAUCAGUCACUCAGCGUGCCGCCAAAUCAAUCAAUCAAUAAAUACAUAAAUUAAUGAAUAGACAAGGCUCAUCUUUCUGACCUCAGAUGAACUUGAAGCUGGAGUGUGAGUGAAAGGUAGUGUCUGUUUUGGCCCAUGUUUAUUGAGGUCACACUUGACUUGUGUUUGUUCUGGCCGGUGGAAAGCGGGUAAAGGUGCAAAGGGAGUCAUACGAUCAACAUGACCUGGUUCCUCCUGCACGUCCCACCUGAGAACUCUCCCGCUGUGUGCGUAAGCCUUCAUCAUGGAGCUUACCAUGACCGUCUUGCUGCUUGGGGUCCUGCUGGCUCUGCUCUGGUUACUUCUCGACAAAAACAAGAGCGGCGGGAAGGGUGGGCUUCCUCCGGGCCCGCUCGCACUGCCUCUUGUCGGAAACCUGCCACAAAUUGACAAACACGUUCCUUAUAAAUGCCUCCUUAAGCUAAGUGAAACAUAUGGCCCGGUGAUGACAGUGUACCUGGGCUGGCAGCGCACCGUGGUCCUGGCGGGUUACGAGACCGUCAAAGAGGCUCUGGUGGACCAGGCCGACGACUUCGCCGGCAGAAUGCCUUUACCCUUUCUCGUCAAAGUGACCAACGGCUACGGUUUGGGCAUCUCCAACGGCGAGCGCUGGUGGCAGCUGCGACGUUUCACCCUGACAACACUGCGAGAUUUCGGGAUGGGCCGCAAAGGGAUGGAGGAGUGGAUCCAGGAGGAGAGUCAACACAUGAGGGCCCGCAUUGAGACUUAUAGAGCCGCCCCCUUCGAUCCUUCAUUUCUGUUGAGCUGCACUGUGUCCAACGUGGUUUGCUGCCUGGUGUUUGGCCAACGUUUUGACCACGAGGACGCCAAUUUCUUGCGGCUGCUUGCCAUAAUUACGGAAAUGAUACAAUUUUUGGCCAGCCCUCUUGGCCUUAUGCACAAUAUUUUUCCAUGGCUGACCGAGCACCUCCCUGGUCGUCAGCACAGGGUGUUUGGUCACAUCAAGGUGGUGAGAGCUUUUAUCAAGGAGAAGAUCCAGCAGCACCAAGACUCCCUCGUGCCCACCGCACCCCGAGACUUCAUUGACUGUUUCCUCAACCGCAUCCAACAGGAGAAGCACAACGAGUCCACAGAGUUCAUCUACGAGAACCUGGUGGCCACAGUAAUUAAUCUCUUCUUGGCGGGAACCGAAACCACGAGCUCCACCAUCCGAUACGCCCUCAGCGUACUCAUCAAACAUCCGGGAGUACAAGAGAAAAUGCAGCGGGAGAUCGACGCAGUACUUGGACGAGACCGCUGCGUCAACAUGGAGGACAGGAAGUCCAUGCCCUUCACGGACGCCGUCAUCCACGAGGUGCAGCGCUUCCUGGACAUCGUCCCGUUCAGCGUGCCGCACUACGCGCUGCGUGACAUCUCCUUCCGAGGUUACAUCAUUCCCAAGAAUACCAUCAUCCUGCCCCUGUUGCACUCCGUGCUGAAAGAUGAAACGCAGUGGGCCGAGCCUCAUUCCUUCAAUCCCCAACACUUCCUGGACCACAACGGCAACUUUAAGAAGAAUCUGGCGUUCAUGCCUUUUGCAGCAGGAAAACGAUCUUGCGUCGGGGAGUCUCUAGCUCGCAUGGAACUUUUCAUCUUCCUGGUGACGCUGCUGCAACAUUUUAGCUUUUCCUGCCCAGGUGGUCCGGACAGCGUGGACCUGACCCCGGAAUACAGCAGCUUCGCCAAUACACCGCGACGUCACCAGCUCAUUGCCACGCCACGCUGACACCCGCACUUGGGUGCCCCCCCCCGUCACAAGUUGAUCUUUUCAUGCUACUGAUGCAAACGCGGUUGUAACCAGUUGAAAGAUUACAAAACAUAAGCAUACGUUUUAAAAUAUCUCCAAUAGAAAGAGUAUU